AUGGAUUUAGAUUUGAAGUCAUCUGAACCACUGAUCAUCACACCAACAAGUAAUAAUAAUCAUCCUGACAAACAAUAUGAAGAAAAUCCUCCAAAUUCAUCUACCUUUGUCAACUUGGACUUUCGUCGACAUAGAUCGUUCGAUCGUAAUGGAGAUGUCACUUAUCACAGACGAAAUCAAACGAAAUCCAAAAUGUAUGACAUAAGUCAAGAACUAGCAGAAGUUAGUCGUCGAUUAACAAAGCGUAAAAAACUACAAACCAGAUGUUGUUUAGUGAAUGAUAUCAUGUGUGUGCUCGCUUUGUCUGGCAUCGCUCUCAUGAUCCUCACCAAUGAAAUCUACUUCACAACACUUCCUCAUCAUCAAACCUCCAUCACCUGGUUCAUCAAACUCAUUAUCACUCUGUCUACCAUUACUCUCAUUUGUCUUAUUGUCUAUUAUCACUAUUUAGACAUGCUUCUUUUCUCUGUCAACAAAUCUUUGCAAUAUUGGUAUGUUGCAUUAACACGUCCACGCGUCACCCAGAUCAUUGUGGAAAUUAUCAUCUGUGCCAUUCAUCCCUUUCCUCAUUCAUUUUCUCACUAUAACUACCUACCAUCUCAGCUCACUCACGACAAGUCAACCGAUCCCGUACCAGCCACUAUUCCUCUCUCAUUCAUUCCCAUUGAUGUUGCUCUCGGUUUGCCAAUGUUUGCUCGAUUGUACUUGUUGUGUCGUACAGUGACAUUUCAUUCGCACUUUCUUCGAGAUUCGUCGUCGCGAUCGAUCGGUUAUCUCAACAAAGUGUCGAUCAACUUCUUCUUUGUCAUGAAAGCUUACCUUGAGCAGUCACCGGGAUUCUGUUUGGGCACUAUUUGUUUUGUCAUCUUUUGCAUGGGCACCUGGUCAUUUCGAUCAUGCAACUACACAAGCACUCAUCAGCAUCUGUCGAUUUCGAACUCGAUGUGGUUGUUCUUCACAUUGUUCUCAACUGUUGGCUAUGGUGAUCUUAUUCCGACGACAUACUGUGGACGAGGUGUGGCGACGUUAACUGCACUGAUGGGUGUGACAAUGACUGCUUUUCUCAUCACUGUUUUGUCACAGAAACUGUUGUUGAGUCGCUGGGAAAAGUAUAUCUACAGCUUUGUGUUGAAUAUAGAAUUAGCCAAAGAACAGCAGAGUGAAGCAGCGAAUCUCAUAAACAUGGAGAAGAAGUUUUUGGGAUCGAUAUCUGCUGUUCGACAGAUCAAACAAGCGCGCUCACGACUGCCAGAUAAUCUAAUCGGUUUGCCAGAGAUGAUGACUGUUCAACGUGCAACGAUUGAACAAAGCGUUCUAGUCGAUGAAAAAACAUCUGCUAACGUGUUAAAGAUGACUGAAUUGGAAAACAUGCUGAAGGAGAUGAAGAAAACAUUGCACGCUAUUGAAAAUAAACUGAAUGGUACCUAA